ACACAUAUAUAACCACUUGCCUUCUGUCUGCCUCGUACUCCUCAAUUACCAUGGCCUGCACAAAGCAUUUCUUGAUCUCCGCCGCGCCUCUCUGAGCACGCUCGGUCAGCUUCAGUUGCCUCCUCGCGCGGAUCAUGGCGUCGGUGAGAUCCUGCGUGUCCGUCAAGCCGGCCGCUGGCCCGGCCAGGUACAGAUCCGCCAGGGUCGGGGCGGCCAGCUUGGAGCCGACAAGCCUGCGAAUAUCCGCUUCUUCUUCUUCUUCAUUGGGCCCAGGCGCGGAUGGCUGCGGCAGAGGUGUCGGCUGCGCCGCCAGUAUCAGCGGCAGGGGCGUGGCCGCCGCUCGUUUGGUUGGCGAUGGCUGGAGGGCGAGGCGGAGGGGCGCGGGGGAGGUCGUCGCCGAGUGCAGCGCCAGCCUGGAGGGGGUCCGCCACGGCGCGGCGGCGGCCGCCGUGCCCAGCGUGCCGGCGCUGCCCGAGCGGGCCAAGGUGGUGGCGCUCGUGGCGGCCGUCAUGCUGCUCUGCAACGCCGACCGGGUCGUCAUGUCCGUUGCAGUCGUGCCGCUGGCCGCGCAGCACGGCUGGUCCAGCUCCUUCGUCGGCAUCGUCCAGUCAUCAUUUCUAUGGGGGUAUGUUUUCUCAUCCAUGGUUGGAGGAGCUUUGGCGGAUCGAUACGGGGGGAAGAAGGUGAUGGCAGGUGCUGCUGCACUCUGGUCCUUGGCCACUUUCCUCACUCCAUGGGCCGCCUCUCAAUCUGCCACUAUGUUGCUUGCUGUACGUGUGCUCUUUGGCGUUGCAGAAGGUGUUGCAUUUCCAACAAUGAGCACCUUUUUACCAAAGUGGUUCCCAACGCAUGAACGUGCCACUGCUGUUGGCCUUUCCAUGGGAGGAUUCCAUCUUGGAAACGUCGUAAGCUUCCUAGCAACACCGAUCAUCAUGUCACAUAUAGGCCUCGCCGGAACAUUUGCCUUCUUCGCAUCACUUGGUUACUUGUGGCUCUCUGUAUGGCUGUCGAAUGUAGAAAGUGACCCUAUUGAUAGCCGUACUAUAAGCAAAUCUGAGCUGCAACUAAUUCUAGCUGGACGAAGUAAAUCAAAAGUCAAAGGCAGCAAAUCACCAUCCUUAAGAGAAGUGUUCUCAAAGAUGGAAAUGUGGGCCAUAAUUGUAGCUAAUGUGAUAAACAACUGGGGCUACUUUGUCCUACUAUCAUGGAUGCCAGUGUACUUCAAAACGGUAUAUAAUGUCAAUUUGAAACAAGCUGCAUGGUUCAGCGCCAUACCUUGGGGCGUGAUGGCUCUAUCAGGAUAUGUUGCGGGAGCUUCUGCAGAUUUCAUGAUCAAAUCCGGCUUAUCUAUUGUGCGAGUCCGGAAAAUUAUGCAGUCAAUUGGUUUUAUUGGGCCAGGUGUAUCAUUGCUAUGUUUAAGAUUUGCCCAAACACCAUCGGUCGCAGCAGUUAUCAUGACCGCCGCCUUGGGUUUGAGUUCCUGCAGUCAAGCUGGGUACUUCUGUAAUGUACAGGACAUUGCCCCUAAAUACGCUGGAUCCCUACACGGAAUGACGAACGGCAUUGGGACAGUGGCAGCCAUAGUUAGCACAGUAGGAGCAGGAUACUUCGUCCAGUGGCUGGGAUCCUUCCAGGCCUUCCUCACCCUAACUGCGGUGCUCUAUUUCAGUGCCACCGUCUUCUACAACAUCUAUGCGACAGGAGACCUGGUUUUUGACUGAGCUGAAAAAUACUGUUAACGUCAAAUGUACAAUUAUAGCUUGUAAAAUGUCUGUCUGCGCCCACCGCGCAGAGCAAAGAAACAAAUAAAAUGAUGAUUGAUUGGUUGGCUCAUUCAUAUAAGACUGAGCGCAACCAUGAUGGCUUUGUAUCCGUGGAAAAAGUAGGGAAUGUGGAGAUCUCUUCAACGAAAAUAUCUCUCUUUUAGUAGUAAGAAAAGGUACCAGCAAUUGAUAACCAUGUUGCCUCUUACAUUACUUUCACUCAUUCAUCCAUUCAGGUUACAGAGUUCAGUAGUACUGAACUCUGAACGAACAAUGUUUCAGGCUUUAUAUUGAAAGCAGGGCAUAUUCAUUCCGUUUACAACA